AAAGGCGUUCAAACCGCGGCCAGCGGGCCCGAGGAUGGAGUCGGACAAGAGGGCGGCGCGGAGGGCGCCCAGCGCCGGGCAACUGCCGUGGGGGCCGCAGCGUGGGCUCAGCACCAGCAGCCGGCUGCUCCCGCCGGUGCUGCGCUCCCAGAUAGGGCCGGGGGAAAACAUAAAUUCCGAGAGUACAGUCUUUCUGCUGCAUAAGCAGUGGACCUUAUACAGCGUGACCCCUCUGCACAGAUUCAGUACCGCUCACCUGAAGGAUUACUCUAGACUGCUUGGUGUUUCCAUCGCUGCCGAGAGGCAGAAGGGAUUGGCGGUGGAAAUAGGGGUUGAGCUGGACAUCAAAGCGGCUGUCUCCAGCCUUCCAGACCUGAAGGGUAGCGACCAGGACCAUGCUGCGAUUCUCGUGCAGCUUUCUUCAAGAUCACAAGCUUCCCCACAAAACCCAGAAGGAAAACUGAUAUGGUCAGGCUGGUUCUGCUGUGUGUGUGGAGAUGAUUUUUCCAAAAAUGUGCCAGAGGACUUCACUUGUUUGCCUCUGUUUCUUGCUAAUGGGGCAGAGUGUUACACAGCUCUUGUUGGAAGUUGGUUUCAGAAGACUUUUGACUGCUCCUUCCGCCGUUUAGCCAUCAGCCCUCUCAAUCUCAGUUGGAUGGCAGCUAUGUGGACUGAAUGCACAGAGGAGAAAACUGCACGUGCCAUAGAACUCAUCUUCUCCGUCCCCUGUCUGCCUCAGCCUCUGGACAUUUCAUACAUCAUUCAUCCAGAAGAUGCAAAAGCUCUGUGGAAUACAGUCCAAAAAACUCCAGGAGAGAUCACUCAAGAAGAGGUGGAUGUCUUUAUGGACUGCCUUUAUUCCCACUUCCACAGACACUUUAGGAUCCGCUUAUCAGCUACAAAACUGGUGAAAGUUUCUACAGCAAUUGCUUCAGCACGCUGUGAUGGGAUUAUAAAGUUUAUACAAAGCCAAUACCUAAUUGGAGUGCUGAUGCUACUGACAGAACUAGCAAUUGCCCAGAUACAGUGAGACUCAUUUCAGCAAAUCUGCACCCUGAAAAGGCUUACUGUUGGAAGAUGUAUGCUGAGAACCUGACUGGAAACUCACUCCUGCAGUACCUUCUUUCCUUUCAUGCUGGCGGUCCAAAGGUGGAUUCUUAACUCCUGCAUUCAACGCUGUAACUAGCUAUAAUCCAACAUCAUGCACAGCAAAGAGAAACAGAUAUUUUGCCCUAAAGGGCUACAGUACAAACUUCUAGUAGCUUAAGCACUCCGUUCAUUUGUGUAGAUAGCAGCAAGGGCCUGAAAUAAACUUUGCAAAUUCUUGGA